AUGGCACCUUUGACCAGUAGACUCUCCUUCCCUUCCCUCUCCGCUGCGCGGAAGCACAACCAGGCCGCCCCUCUCGUGAUCUCCGCACCGCAGAAACUGCGCGCGGCGCCGGCCUCGUGCAAGAAGCGUGGCCGCGAGAACGAGUGCCCCGCUGAGACCGAGGACUCAACCCCUCGGAGGCGCAGGCGCACGGCAUCUAUCUGGAACGGCGUCAUUCGCAAGCGGCGCCAGCCGGCCCCUCCUACGUCCCUCGCUGAGCCCGCCACAGAGCCGCGACGGAGCCUUGCCACGACGCUCUUUGGCGAGACGCCCUCGGUGCGCCUGCGGAAAUCGUCCGCCUCGUCUCGGCGCGCGCCGAUUGCGACACCGGUCUCCCGCCAGCCGUCUUAUGCGUCGAUUGCGGCGCGGCCUCGCGCGCCCACGCCAGGGGCCGUGGCCGCGUCCGCCCUGCCAGGCCCCCGCGGCAGCGGCGCGAGGAGCAUCUUCCGCCGCAUCCGAAAGAGUCUGACGCGCUCGCGCGGGAGCAGCCUUUGUACCGGGUCCAGCGCGAGCCGAGGCGACUCGGAUUCCGAGCACUUCAGCGAGUGGGUGCUUAGCUCGGAGCCGCGAGGCUCGUGCUCGCCGCCGCCGGUGCCACCAAAGCCAGACUGGGCGGCUUCCCGGGCGGGUGAGCGAGGUCCGGGCUACCAGCAGCGGCUGUCGUCAAGAGCAGGGCAUCGCGACCCGUUAGAGCAUCUGGCGGUCUCUUUGGACUCGGGCUUGGUCGAGGACGAGAGCAUGGAACCAGUUUCUGAUGAAGAUGACGACAAUAGCGACGACCAGAGUAGCGUUAUGGACUAUGGCGAAAUCAUCCGGGACAGCCGUGGGCUACUGCGUCUUGGAGCUUCUGAUCUGAGCCUUAGCUUGGUCCUACUCCGCACGACUGUCGUCAACGGGCCAGAGUCCGCAGACAAAUCCAUCGCUUGCCAACUCGGCCUCCACAUAGUUGUCGAGGACGAGGAGCGCUGGCAUAGCUCUGCCCUCGCAGCCCCCGACAUCAGUCUCCUCGACGUCCGUCUCUCCUGCGAACCCACUACCCCGCCUCCCCGCGCCACGAAUCUGAAGCCCUCUCGCCGCUGGCUCUGCCAGCCCAAUGGCCCUGAUGGCGCGCUCCUCGACUGCCGCCGCCAACCCGGCCUCACCGUCGGCGCCGAUUGGACGCGCACGAACUGCGAUGUGCGCACGCUCGCCAGCAAAAGCCCGUCCGACUGGCGCAGCGCGCGCGGCUGGAUCAAGACCGUGACCGUCGAGAUCCCCGCGCGAUGGCUGGCACGGGGCGAGGCGCAUAAAGUGAGCGUGGCCGUGUGCGCGUGGCUGAGCGACGACUCCGCGGAUUUCCUCAGGGGGUCGCUCGAGCUCGACGCCGCGGAGCUUAGGCGAAGGAUGAGGAUGGGGAACGCUUCAUCUCAGCGCACUUCAUCUGCGACCCAUUCAUCUGGGAGGACUCCAUCACGGGAUGCCUAUUAA